AUGUACCGGCAGGGCGCGGAGGGGAUCGCCUGGCUGGCGGUCUGCCCGAGGGACGAGCUCGAGCCGGGAGGCUUCUACCUCGACCGGCGGCCGCAGGCGAAGCACAUGGCGGGCCCCUUCUUCAGCGAGGGCUCCUUCACCAAGAACUCGGAGGAGGAGGUGGGAGCGAUGCUGCGCCUGCUCGACGGCCUCGCCGGCCUCGAGCCGCUCGGCGCGGUCGACGGGCUGUCUAGAUGCUGA